GCGGGGGAAGGAGAGACUUGUUCACGUCGUCGCGCACAAACGACGCUCCGCUCGUCAGUCAGUUGCUCCAGUCGCUCGCUGAUCGUUACUGGAGUAGGUAGACAGGUCUCUCUUCGUCCACGCGAUGUCGGAAGUAUUCAAAUUGGGUGACUUAGUUUGGGCGAAAAUGAAGGGAUUCUCGCCGUGGCCGGGCCGGGUGUCAGUUCCUUCAAAGGACUUAAAGAAACCUGCAAACACUAAAAAGGGACCAGUACAAUGUAUUUUCUUCUUUGGAACAAAUAAUUAUGCGUGGAUAGAAGAAUCCCACAUUAAACCGUACCAAGAAUAUAAAGAUACUUUAGUGAAAUCUAGCAAGUCUGGUGCAUUCAAAGAUGCAGUGGAAGCCAUAGAAGAUUUUAUCGCCAAAGGAGAAGUAUUUGAAGAUGGCUUAGAUCCAGAUUCCCUCUUCGAUAGACUUAAAGAAGAGACUGUAGCUGAGAAAAAACCCGUCGUUAAAACACCAAAACCUCGUAAGGAAGUAACAAAAACUCCUAAGCGAUUAAGGGACAGUGGUUCAGAUGAUCGUCGAUCUGGUAAAAAGCAGCGUAGGGAAUCAAGUACCAGCAAUAGCAAUAGAGUUGGUAGUGUCAGUCCUACACUGAAUCAUUCUACCCCGGCUAGAAAAACGGGCUCGCUUCUAAACAGACCGGCAAAUGUCACCAGACCUGUCACGCCGCCUUUAGAUCUCGAAACAAUGUCAGAAACUCUCAAGGAAAAGAACAUUCUCCCAUCAAAUCUGAAAUUUGGUUUUCUCGGACUUGGCAUCAUGGGUAGCGGUAUCGUGAAAAAUUUGAUCAACAGUGGUCAUAGCGUGAUCGUAUGGAAUCGGACGCAGGAAAAGUGUGCAGAUUUUGUGAAGGCUGGGGCAGAGCAAGGUUUAACACCAUCCGAUGUUGUACUGGCAGCUGAUAUCACCUUCUCCUGUGUAGCUGACCCACAAGCUGCUAAGGACAUGGUAUUUGGCAAUUGUGGCGUACUGACAGAGAUAUCUCCUGAAAAGGGCUAUGUCGAGAUGACUGGUAUUGACGCAGAGACAUCUCAAGAUAUCGCUGAAGCAAUAAAUGGCAAAGGUGGUCGUUAUUUAGAGGCACAAGUGCAAGGAAGUAAAACACAGGCACAGGAAGGUACCCUGGUGAUCCUUGCAGCUGGAGAUCGAUCGCUCUUUGAUGAAUGUCAAUCUUGCUUCGAGGCUAUGGGCAAGAAUAGUUUUUAUCUCGGUGAAGUCGGAAAUGCUUCCAAAAUGAAUCUUGUACUUCAACUAAUGGCUGGUGUGACUCUGGCAGCUCUGGCUGAAACUAUGGCGCUUGCAGAUCGCGCCGGUCUCCAGCAAAAGGACGUUCUGGAAGUCUUGGAAUUGACAUCUUUAGCAUGUCCAGCAAUUCUCGACAAAGGCAAAGCAAUUAUCGAGGGCGGUUUUCCUACUCAAUUACCGCUGCGACAUAUGCAAAAAGACCUGAGAUUGUCCCUGGGUAUGAGUGAUCAACUAGAGCAACCUUUACCGCUGGCUGCCGCGGCGAACGAGGUGUACAAGCAUGCUAAGCGUCUCGGAUAUGGCGAACAUGAUGCUUCGGCCGUUUAUAUCAGGGCCAGGUUCUAACGUACCUUAGGCAUCAUGUUGUCACCGAGCUUUGCUAUACCGUAUUUAUUGCGAUACCUGACGUUAUUUCCCGCCGCUAACUGAGGAAAGAGAGAGAAAGAAAUUGGGUGAGAACAGUAAUUGAUACUUUAACAAGAUACUCGACUUAGUGUAGGUCGAUACUUUAAAAAUACACACGUCGUUAUAUUCUAUGCGUACGUUUGCAAAAUUUAAGAAAACGUAAAGAACGCAUUGAAAAUGGAAUAAAAAAAUGCAAUGUAUCACAGAAGACUUUUAUCAACGCGCGUUGAGAAGAAAAAUGUUGCAAACACUUGUAAAAUAAUCUUAGUAUUAUAACUUACUAUGAUAAUGAUGAUUUCAAUAAUACACUAAUACAAUAAUACUCUUUUCUUCUGACAUGUCAUAGCGUAAUAGUGUUUCUCGACUAAAGAAACAUUUUUCUUCGCCCGCGAAUGAAAGAAUAACGUUAACGUCGGUUAACGAUCGAGCUCUCGAGUCGCGUCUCGACUUCGAUUGUACGCAAGACGCCAGAUCCAGUUAUUUCAAUUUCAAGAGAUUCGGGACGUGUCGAAAAUAUGUGCCUUAGGAUACCGAUUGAAGGAAGGCGUUGAGCGAAAUAUGGAUUGCGUUUUGAAAGUCGCAAUUCAUAAUGAAUGACACAUUGGCGUGAGAUUAUCUUACUAACAGAGAAUGACUGACAGACUACAUUAUGACGAUGAUAAGCAAAGCGUUAAUGACAAUAGUCGCAGGGAAGUUUAGAGACAACAUAUAAGUUUUAUGUGGUGCAAUUGUGAAGUUAAAUUGCUAUUAUACAAUGAUUUUGGUGAUUAAAACUUGGAGAUUGGAAACUUGAAAGUAUCUGCCAAUUGGAAUACAAUUGCGUAACAGCAAGAGGACUGAUUCUUAUUUGUAUAGUAUAUCGCGUCUUCUUCAUAAUCCACAUAAUAAUUCUAAACAAUAACGUUAAAGAAUAACUUUUAACACAUUAUUUUAUAGAUGCACUUUUAUUUUGUAGAUCUCAAGUUUUUAUCUCGCACUCCAUACAACGAACAGUAAAAGUGCACUGUGUUAUUCUAAUCAUACUAUUUGUUUAUUAAUGAAUUAGCAGAUCAAAUAAUAAAUUUGAUCAUCUGCAUUACAUCAUAUUUAAUGUAUACUAAAAGCUGUUAUACAUAAUUUAUAAAUACAAAAACAAAAUAUAAGCUUUUUCAGGAUAAAAUAAUUAAUAUAUGUUAUAAUUAAAUAACUUUUAUAAUAUUAUUAUUAUAUAUAUGUAUAUAAUAAUUUGAAAUAUUUUUAUUAUGUGGAUUUACAUUUAAAUAAUUUGAUCACAAUAGCUUUUAUGUGUGCAUUAACACGGUGCAGUGUUAUACAAAUGAUCAAAUUUGCUAUAUAAAGUAAUUAGCUUUUUUUUCUAGAUAAAUAUUAGGAAUAUUCAGAUUAAAACCAUGUGACAAUAUACUACAGUCAUUCAGAAUUCAGUUUAGAAUUACUUGCGAAAGAAUAAUUUUGAGAUAUAAUUGCAGAAUUCAAUUUACUAAAUGCUAAAUAAGAAAAUAUUUGUAUUUAUGCUUGCUAAAUCGGCACAUUUUUACUGACUGUUAAUAGUUAACAAGCCAAUAAACAAUAUUUUAUAUCUUAAUAAAAUACAGAAAAAAAUUUGUAAAAAAAACAGAGGAUGUUAUUUAAAAUAUUACACAAUUUGUUUUCUUGAAUCUUUUUAACAUUAGCAAUAUUUUUUCGAAAGUUUGAAAACAGAAACUGUACACCUGCAACAUUCUGUAUUAUAUUUUAUCAUUCCACAGUUAAAAAUUAAACCCAAUCUCGUAAUCGAAAUCAUAAAUUGAACAUAAUAAAAUUUGAUUUACUAAUAAAAAAUAUACUGAUGAAUAUUUGCGGAUCACUUUCCCAAACCUUAAUUCAUUUAGUAUAUAUACGGAAGUUUUUAUUUUCAUAAAAACAUCGCGUGUUUGACGCACAUCGACUUCUCAGAACAGUCCUUACUACGAUAAGGUAUCCCAGUCUUUCGUACGAGCACGAUCGUACGAUCUUCGCGAGAAGAGGAUCCUUCUGAGGAAGGAAGUAAGUGAGUGGAACGCUUCCAUUUUCCCAGGACGAUCGUGCGAUUCUCACGGGCGACACGCGACGAAGUCGAGAACGAUCGGAGAGUCGCAAAUUGGCUCGCGGAGGUAGACCUCCGGUCAAGAAAAACGAACGAAUUUCCUUCGACUUUUUAAUGUAAAAAGGGAGACACCAUUGAUGUUUAAGAAAACGUAAAAAAAAGUGAGUUUUUUCAUAUUCAAGUAAAUUUGUGUCUCAUUUUUUGUCAAUCGUUAUUUUGUGCGAAUUUUUUCUUUUCCUGGAAAAAGAAGAUUUUGAUGAUCAUUGAUUUUUUAACGUGUUCAGAAAAUGUAAAAAUUAGAGAUUGUUGAAUUUUUAUUCUUCAUAACUAUUCGAGAUUUUCUUCUAAAUCGUUGUCUAUCCUUUUUCAUAUUUGAAUAUUGAAAUUGUAAAUUUUAUGUUUAAUUGUUAAUGUAUAAAAAUUAUAGUUUUUUUUAUAGAAAAUAUUUAGCGAUCCUGAUCAUUUUAAGGAAUACGCUGAAUAUAAAAUAUGAAGAAACGUUUGCGCUCUUGGAAAAGAAAUCUAAACAAAGUUAUUUGUAUAUAUUAUCAGGCUAAUUUUUUCUCAGAGUAAUCCUUUAGAUUACCUGUUUAUUUAUUUAACGGAUAUUUCUCAAAGUCGAAUGGAAAAUCGUGUCGUACACUUGACAAGGUCUGAAAUUUGUGCAUAUGAGCAUGUGCGGGAAAUUUCGUAGUGUAUAGCUGAAAUAAAAAUGGCUUAUCAGCGCCAUAUCACGUAUGACAACAUGUAAUUAGAUACGUACACACAAUCACACAAUCAUAUUAAAUAAAUAACAAUACAAUGACAAAAAUUGUAUGAAUAUAAUCCGCAACUGACGUGUGAGAUGGAUGUGUGGAGAUAGAAAAAAAUAUAUAUUAAAUAUUCUACAGCAUAAAAGAAGAAUAUAUAUACAUAUAAUUAGUAAAUAUUAUGUUUACUAAAAAGAAAAAAAAAACAAAAAUGAAAAUAAUAAUGUGAGAGAAAUUAGUGUGAGUGCGAGCGAAUGAAUGAGAGUAUACAUCAUGCGUGUUACGUCGGUAACAGACAUUAUAUGUUUUGUCACGGAUACAAUGGUUUUUAAAUAAAUAUCUAUUUGAAUUAUGAA